AAGAAAGUAUCUACAGGUCUGCUUGUCAUGUGUUCUACUGACCUACUUCUAUCAGUUAAAGCACAACUCCUGAAGAUUCUCAGUGCAGCAUCAGUGCUGAGACGACAGACAGACGUUAAGCCCCAAACAGUGCAUUGCCUUUUCUCGUGCGCACACUAAUGUUGAUUGGAUCAAAUGUUUUUUAAAAGUGGUGAAUUGGUUUGAUCAGGCCUUAUUAAAAAAUAACUACAAAAAACGUCUUGUGCUACAAAUUAAAAAAUAUAAUUGUGAGCACAAAUUGAAGUGAUACCAUGCAAAAUCUGUGGAGAUAAAUCCUCUGGAAUUCAUUACGGUGUUAUCACAUGUGAAGGCUGUAAGGGUUUCUUUCGGAGGAGUCAACAGAAUAAUGCCUCAUACUCCUGCCCACGACAGAGGAAUUGUUUAAUUGACAGAACAAAUAGAAACCGUUGCCAACACUGCCGACUGCAGAAGUGUCUUGCCCUCGGAAUGUCUCGAGAUGCUGUGAAAUUUGGAAGAAUGUCUAAGAAGCAGCGGGACAGCCUGUAUGCGGAGGUGCAGAAACACCAGCAGAGGCUGCAGGAGCAGCUGCAGCAGCAGAAUGGGGAAGUGGAGGCCCUGGCACGCGUCUACACCAGCAGCAUCAGCAAUGGCCUCAGCAACCUUAACAGUGAUAUCGGAGGCACUUAUUCCAAUGGACACAUAAUCGACCUGCCAAAAACAGAGGGGGGCAGUGCCUACUACAGUGUUGAUUCCACUCAGCCCUCCCCGGAUCAGUCUGGAAUAGACAUGGCUGAAAUCAAGCAAAUCAAACAGGAGCCUAUUUAUGACCUGACGCCUGUACCAAACUUGUUUACAUACAGCUCUUUUACAGAUGGUCAGCUAGCCCCUGGAGUAACAAUGACUGAGUUAGAUCGAAUUGCACAGAAUAUUAUUAAGUCCCAUUUGGAGACAUGCCAAUACACUGUGGAGGAGCUGCAGCAGCUGGCAUGGCAGACCCACACAUAUGAAGACAUUAAAAUUUAUCAAAAUAAGACACAGGAAGUGUUAUGGCAGCAAUGUGCAAUCCAGAUCACACAUGCCAUUCAGUAUGUGGUUGAAUUUGCCAAGCGGAUAACAGGGUUUAUGGAUCUAUGUCAGAAUGAUCAAAUUCUUCUCCUUAAAUCAGGUUGUUUGGAAGUGGUGUUGGUGAGAAUGUGCCGUGCCUUCAAUCCACUGAACAACACUGUGCUCUUCGAGGGAAAAUAUGGAGGAAUGCAGAUGUUUAAAGCACUAGGUUCAGAUGAUCUUGUCAGUGCAGCCUUUGACUUUGCAAAGAGUUUGUGCUCUCUUCAGCUUACCGAAGAGGAAAUCGCUUUGUUCUCAGCAGCUGUGCUGAUAUCACCUGUAGAUCGACCCUGGCUGAUGGAAGCCAGGAAAGUUCAAAAGCUGCAAGAGAAGAUUUACUUUGCACUACAGCAUGUGAUGCAGAAGAACCACUUAGAUGAUGACACACUGGCAAAACUGAUUGCUAGGAUCCCAACAUUAUCAGCACUUUGUAAUCUACACACAGAGGAACUCCAGGCAUUUAAACAGCUACACCCUGAAACUGUCAACAUGCUCUUUCCUCCAUUGUACAAGGAACUCUUUAAUCCGGACCCUUCCGCUUGCUCCAAGUGAAACAGAGCUCCCACUACAACCACUGGAAUAAGAUACUUGUUACUAAUAAAGCAAUCUGUGAAUGGAGACUGAAAAUAAUCACUACUGCAACACUAGGAAUGUCCCGCACUUAAUACAGUUUUAUUCACCGAUACAGUUUAAAGAAUGUAAAUAUGCACCUAUUAAAAGGGGCUUUUCAUAACUGACCAGAAAUGUACAGACUUAGAACACUGUAUGUCAUCUUAUCUCUGGGUAACUUAUUUUAGAUGUUUUUUAUUUGGGGGUGUGUGUGCAGGGGAGGUUGGAGAAUCUGUUGGUGAGUUUUGAAAGAGUAAAUCUUACAAUAGUUAUAUUGUAGCUGUACCUUAGAGCAGAGCAUACAGUAGUAAUACCUGUUCUGUUCAUUGUUUUAGAUGUAAUUUAAGAGAACAUUUGCCUGUGAGGCUAAUAAUUGGUUUUAUGUUUUUAGUUUAGUUUUACAUGUACAGAAUUUGUAAAAAUGAAACAAGAUUUGUAACAGACAUUUGUGAUAUAUUGGGAACAAAAUAAUUAGGUUGGUUAAAAUUUAAUAAAAGCCUUGUCUGGAUUAUUUAUAAUUUUUUUAUGAAAAGAAGGUGCGAUAUUUCAAGUUUCAUAGACUACUGCAGACCUCUAAUGAACUAGAUUAAUUGCUAGUUUUCCAUAUGAAGAAAUAUUUUUGUGAAAAAAGGACAAACAGACAUACUUUAAAUAGCAUUGUCAACAACGACCGGACUGCUUUAGCAGAAUUGCUAUAUUGUGGUAGAUAGCUCGGCCGGAGGGGUUUCCAUUCUAACUACUGCACUAUAACCAUAGCUUGUACACCACUUGGCAUGUCUGGGGAUUUUAUUUUAUUUUUCCUUGCCUCAGACCACAGUGUUGAAGACUGUCUUUUGCACAUUUGGCCUACACAUGUUAUCAACUGAAGACAAAUGAAGGCUCAAGAACAGCAAUAAUUAUUAAGCUACUGUAUCCCAAAAAGCUAUAGGGUCAUAGUAGUUUUUAUUUUAGUGAGCAUGACAUAUUGUCAAACAAAUUGCAUUACUGUAUUACAAACUUUUUUGCAAAAGGUAUAUUUGAGGAGUACAUGAAUGCUUUCAAAUUGAUAUUUUGGCUGAAUAUUUUGUAAGGCAAAGAAAGCAGCCUCCAAAGUUUGAAUCUCCUUUUAAACAGUGUUUAAACAACAUCCCUCUCAAUUGUAGUUUAUUUUCCUGUGCAUUCGCAUCCAAUGGUUAUCGGCUAAACUUUUGCUGGCCUUUAGCCCAAUGAAGAGCUUUAGCUGGUUGUGUAUCCAAAAAGUCACAAGUGGCCAAUGCAUAUCGGUGUCUCAGUGUUUCUUUGCUGAGUGUUUUUGUGUAACCUGACUAGGCUACUAACUCACUCAUCACCCAGAAGAAGCAAUGUACUGUACAUGUACGUAUCUGAUAUCAUAGAUAGCUGUCAUUUAACCAUGGUAUGUGAUAACAUGAUAUAUCAGAAUACCUUUUUUUCAAAAACAGUUUAUAUCACUAACUUAUUCCUUUCGACCAGUUGCAUUAUGGGAUGGGGAGUAUUCCGUUCUUAGAUUUCUGCAAUACAUUGUGCAAACUGUAUAUUUUCUAACAUUGUUAUUCAAGUUUAUUUGGUAACAUUUACUUUUGUGGUAGCAAAAGUCACUCCUCUUAGCUUGUUUCACAAUGUCAUGUAAAGGAAUCGGUAGCGAUUCUCAUGCUAGGGCAGGGUAAUGAAAGUCAUUCCACUGAAGAGCUGGUUAUGUCCGAAUGCAUUUGUUUUUGUUUGUUUGUUUGUUUCUUUGUUUUCUGGGGUUAUUUUAUAUUAAAUUUGUGAUAGACAAUCACUUAGUGUGUGUGCUUGGUAAUGUUUCUCUGAGUUUCACAGCACAUUUGUUCAAAAGUCUAUUUUCUGUUUUAAAUGUAAUAUAAAUAAAUAAUGUGCCCAUUUAUAAUAAUUCAUUUUGUUUGCUAUGUUUGUUUUCUUUGUUGCUUCUUCUCCUUGGUUGUUGUAUUGACUGCUCAGGGAAUGAUUAAGCUAUAUUGUUAGCAGACGAGCUCCAAUAAUCGGUUAUAAAGACCAUCUGGUUUGAAUUCACCCAUUUUUGAGAACUGUAAUGCUUUAUUGGAUGAAGCUAGUGGUACAAUAUUAAGAAAGUGUUUAGUGUGCAUGAGAAGAUACAUUGAUUACAAGAUACAGUUAUUACUCAUGAAUUAGUAUCUGAAGUUGUUUUACAAAACUGAAGGUCAUUUUAGUCAUAAGCAUUCAACUGAAGAUCACUUAAUUACAAAUACUGUAUCAAACUAUUUUAAUUCCUGAUGCGUCUGGUUUGUCCCGGUGGUUGGCAUUUGUUAUUCUUGUUUCCUCCACCAGAUGACAGCAUGAUAAAAGCUAUGAUUAAUACCCAACUAUAAUUCACACAACACAAAACGCACAAUAUUUGUUCCUGUAAUUUUGCAUAAUUGUUGGUGGGGGGAAAAAUAAAAACUGGCAUACUAACAAAACGAUGUAAUUUCUUGGUUUCCAAAGCCUACCUAAGGUGUUCUAUCCUAGUUUGUUUCACUCAAAAAUUCGGGUACAUCCUGGCAUAAACAGCAUUAAGGUAGCAAACUUUUCAGUCUUUUUGUUUAUGCAACUGCAUGUCAACAUUUGUAGUGAAAGUAAAACAUAUGUUUUAUUUUGAUUUGAGAUGUUAUGUAUUUAUUUAUUAUGUAUGUAUAUAUCUAUUUAAAAUUAGUAUUUUACCACAUAUGCAGUUGCGUUUGCAAGGCAUGUGGACUUGAUACAGGUCAAAGACAAUAAAAAUGUAUUUUUGAAAUGGUCACUAAAAGUGACCUUGGGAUUCUUGAGAGGUCUCUUAUUGUAUUCAACAAAAUGUUGAUUGUAUAGCUGUGGCCAAAAGUUUUGCAUCCCUCUAUAGAAUUAACACAUCCCUCUAUAGAGUUAACACAUAAAGUCGAAUGAAACCUGCUGAAUAAUGUUACAUUAUCAUAUACUUAACAAGAAACUGACAAAAGUGAAAAAUGUGACAUUUUGAAAUCUGACAUGAAAUACUGUACUACUAUUAUGGCUUCCGGCAGACUUUUGCGAUAUCAUUUUAUAGUUUCUUUAAACUAAAAGAUCUAAAUUAUGUUCAUAGAUUUUUUUUUUUUUUAAAUGAUGUCUCAAUCCAAAAAUUCUAGGUGAUGCAAAACUUUUGGCCAUAGCUGUACAUUAUUAAUAGUAGUUAUAGUAGUGAAGCUAUGAAUACAAAGUUUAACCUUUAAAAAAUAAACACAGGUUUACUGCGGUAUCACGAGGCAAAAAUAUAUCCUUACUAUGUUGGUGUAUUUGCCCCAAGGAUGUUUUAAACUUCAACAAUUAUUGUGCUAAGUCAAUUGGUAGUCAGUCAGAAUGCAGAAGACCAUGGGAAGAACCUGUCCUUUUCUUAGGGCUAUCCACUAUCUCAAAUCACAGAAACCUAAGCUCACUCAGCUGUUAAUUAAUACAGUUCGGGACACGCAUGGAGACACACACACAAAACACCUCUGGCAACAUGCUUAUCAAGAUCAGAAAAUGUUUCUCUUUUCAAAAUGUAAAGCUAUGAUGUGUUGAUGUGUACAAAUGCUGGCUUCAAACAACUUAAAAAAAACAAAACAAAAAAAAAAACGGAUGACAGCCAUUAGUAAUGUGUUAAAUAGCAAGAGUACAAUUUAUGAUGAUGCCAUUCUGGCUAGCAUUGACAAAAAGCGCUGUGAGAAAGAGAAGUUAGCCAGUGGCAUUAAACAGCUCCAUUUGAAGCUACAAUCUUUGGUAAUUGGUAAUAAACCAAACACAUAUUUUAUUUAAAUGUAGGCAAAUCAGAAUGGUCUGUAGCUUUUUAUAGGCAGUACUACAACGUCUUAAUGUCCCAUUUACUGAAUGGUCACUUUGUCAAAGACAAUCACUUAUUGGUGCAGACAUUGCACUGUAGCUCACUCAGGGACCUUUCUUUGUGGCUAAAAAGCUAAAGCAAUGUUAAAUGUAGCUGGCUGGAAUCAACAGCACUCUAGUACAGUAUUAUAAGUAGAAAAUACCCCAACAAGGCUUUCAGGGUUGUUAAAGAUCUAGCAGCUGAGUUAACAGUUAAACAUUGUAAGUAAUCAGAAAAUGAAAAGGUUGAUAAAAGUUAACUACAUGUGAAGAGGCCAUUAAUAUAAUCAUAGUUGUUGAGAAUUAUUCAUUAGGUCUUAUCUAGUACUGCAGGUAGGAGCCCUUUCUGAGAUCAAUUAAAUAACAUUUUUUAUAAAUCAAUUCAAUAAUAAGAGUUUUAAAGCAUUGAAAAAUGUUUUACAACAAGGCUUAUUUAUUUCUGACAGUUAUUUAGAGUAUUUCACUAUAUCAUAAGGACGUUGGGGUCACAUUGAUUUGCAGCUACAGUCGGUGCUGCUUUAUCGGGACGCCUUGGGACAAGGAAAUAUAUCCUUAAUAAGUGGCUGUCUCAAUUAAAUGAGAGGCAGUUGGGAUAACCUUAGUCACACUUUUUUGAUUCUUAAUGAAAAGAAAAAGAAUGCAAUCACAUUAAAUUCUAAAGUUAAAUACAUAAUUCAAAAUACGAGUCAAUGUUUAUUUUUUAUUUUUUAUUCCUAAGCAAAAUUAAUCACACCUGCGAUGUUGACACGCCAACUUUCUUUGCAACAGCAACCCGGGAAACCAAAAGAGACUCCUCCUUCAGGAGUUCAAUGUGGUUUACGCACUUUACACAAGUCACAGGGUAAUCACGUACUCACUGCACUGUGCUACGCGACCUCUUGCUCUGAAAAGCAAUCUCCGUUCAUCAUUUGAAAAUACUGUAUCCCAAUUAAACGAAGUGACAUCCCAAUUAAACAACAUAAAUAGCAUUGGGAAGAACCGUCUCCCAGAGUUGUAUCCCAUUUAAGCAGAAAUCCUGAUUACCAGUAUCCCCAUUAGGCGGUGCUGAUAUACAGUAGUUUAAUCUCCACCAAAUUGUGAAUUCAGCUAAAAGCUCUUGGUCUGUGUUGCAUUGAGAUUAUUUUUGGUACUUACUUAUUUUUGGUAUCCAACUGUGUUAGGGAUAGUAGCAAUAAUCAAAAUUAAUUUGUUGUAAUUAUGCCAUUCCUUAUUAUAUGCAGUUUCAUUAUUUUGUUAAGAGACAGUUCAUUUUAAAAGCUAAAGGGUAACAGCCAGAUUAACUAACAACUGCAGCAUUCAACUGGUCCUCCUUAUGUGGAUAUAUUUUCCUCUGCAUAUUUGUGAAGUGGACACCUGACUGGUCAUCCUCUAUUGUAUGUUAAAAAAGUUAGCUUAAUCCCUAUAGUCUGGAAUUAAUUUGUAUCUCAUAGGUGUCUAAUUUGUGACUGAUCAACCAGGGUUUGACACAGUUUUAACCAUUUUAAACCCAUGUAAUUAUCUGCCCAUGUACUAUAUUUAUGCAGGUUAAUACACAUUUUCACAUGAAUAAAAGCAUUUUUCUGACUACAAUAUUUAAUAACAUGUAUUUAAAACCAUUAGACUAUUACAUGUCACAUUUGGUAACCUGUAGAAGCCAUCCAAUGUGGCUGUUAGAUACUAUUAAAAACUAGUUUUUUUGUUUUGAUUUGUUUUGUUUUAUAAACCUCAGGCAUCAAUCUUGCAUAAAGUACAAUUAAGGUUGCCAUCUGAGGGUUCGAGUUCUGGUAAACUGUGUCCCUGUUACCUCCAUUGGCAAGGACUUCACAAUAGAGUCCUUCUAUAAAACAAAAACCAAGUUUAGCACUGAAUUUUAAAUAUGUUUUUAAAUUGAGCAUACAAGGAUUACUGUCUCAUUUGUUGUGUAAAUAAUUUGUGAAAAUUGAUUAGAUACAUGUUUUAAGAUUCUGCAGACAUUUUGGAGGGAUAGAUGACAAAGCAAAUUAUACUGAUGCAUCUGCCUCAUCUUACAAUAAGAAUAAUGUACCUUUUUCUAUUAAGAACCGAUUGUAAUGCGUCUUCUGGUUUCCUCUGUGAUUUAUUGUCAGCAAAGGUAACACGUCCUUCUUUGUAAUACUAGUAAUGACUGCUCUGGUUUUCCAAAGAGUAUUAACUGAAUGUUCACUUAACACUAAUAGUUUGCAUCUUUCAAGAUUUAAUAUGCAAAGGUUUCUUAUGUAUGUUUGCAGUUUUAUACUAUUCUGCAGCAGCUCAUUUGUAUAUAAUAGCAUAACAGGAUGUGUCAUCCCCAAUAUUGAAUGACCAGCUUCUUUUAGUAGAAAUGAAUGACAUUGGUAAUUAAGUGCAAAAUUCAAGCCUGGUUUACCAACCCUUCCCAUUUAGCACUAUGGGCUCAGAUAAGUCAUGAAUUAAUAUAAAGAGGAGAAUAAACAUUUUCAUAUCCCAGUGCUUAUUCUGUACACGGUGAGGUGCCUCCUUUUUACUGCCUUGCCUUUUGAAGAUUCCAAUAAUUAGAGAGGAAGACUAAAGUAGAACAAGUGAAAGGAAAUAUCUUUUUACAAUAAUAACCCCAAACUGUAUGACUGAAACAUUAGAAAACAGCUGAAACAUAAAAGCUCAA